GGGGAGGAGGAGGAGGAGGAGGCGGCAGAGAGAGUGAAGGAGAAAAGAAAGAGCAAGAAGUGGUGGUGGAGGCUGCGCUCUUUCUUCAGAGCUGCCAAAAAACAGUCUCCAGAGAGCAGCUCAGGUCAGGGAGAGGAGGAGCAGCAGCAGGAUGAGGGAGAGAAGAGGAAGGUGGCAUGGGCAGGAAGAAGUAGUGAUGACUACAUCUUCAGCCGUUACACUGUGGGCGAUCAGCUGGGGAAAGGUGGAUUUGGUGUGGUGUAUGAAGGGACACGUCUGGAGGAUAAUCUUAAAGUGGCUUUGAAAUAUGUCACAAAGACUGAGCACAUGGAAUGUAUAUUCAUUCAGAUCGCCCUCACCAUCCUGGCGAACAAAGGUCACAGAGUGCCAGAAAUCAUCAGGCUGCUGGACUGGACGGACCACCCUGACCACUUUGUCAUGGUCCUGGAAUGUCCCUCUCCCUGUGAGAAUCUGGUGGAGUUCAUCAGGCGUCACCGUGGAAGCGUCGAUGAAGAAACAACACGGCAGAUCAUGUGGCAGGCGGCUCACGCUUCACACAUGUGCUGCCUCCGCAGAGUGUACAACCGUGAUGUCAAACUGGAGAACCUUCUGAUAAACAGGGAGACAUCCGAAGUCAAGCUGAUUGACUUCGGAUGCGGGGACAUUCUGGGAAAUUCACCGUACAAGUCAUACCAUGGCACAGCAGUGUACUCCCCUCCAGAGUACUACAGCAGGGGAGAGUACGAUGGCUGGCCGACGACGGUCUGGUCACUAGGGAUAGUGAUGUUCACAUUGUUGUGUGGACACUUCCCUAGUGACUAUGACCUGUUCCUGCUGCAGCACAAGCAGUGGUCCAAACCCGGCCUCUCAAAAGAAUGCUGUGACCUCCUCGGGGUUCUCCUCCAUGUGAAGCCAAUCCGGAGACUUGGUCUGGAGUAAAUCAUGUCCCACAACUGGUUUCAGUUAGUGAACCUAAGAUCAGCU